UCGGCGCCGCGUUACUGACCGUCCAGUGCCGGCACGGCGGUCUGACGGCCGUGGAGUGAAUGGCGAGGUGCAGCCGCGAGUGACGCGAUCUUUUGUGGGCUCGGAAAGACCGCUUUUCCGUCUUGGGAACGCAAGUGGCCAACCUGGUCUUUCUUCCGGUCAUCGUCGCACCGACACCGCCCUGCGAGUCAGCGGUGGCGGCGGCGGCAGCAGCGGCUCGACCAGACAACAGCGAUGACAUGCGAGGCGGUGACGCGGUGCCGGGCUGACUGACCCCGCUGCUGACCGGGCCACAGUGCUGCCGGCGUGGCCGCUGCCGUGCGGUGGCCGCUGGGGUGCCGCUGCGGCGCGUGAGCUCGACACCGUCUGCGUGACCUCGUCCGCCAUGUACCCGUCUGUCAACGGCACCUGGACCAAGCGGCUGAUGAUCUACCCGGAGGAUGAGGAGGCGAACGGGCUGCGGGUGCCGCUGCGUCCGGUGGGCCAGCGCGGCUAUGGCCUGGACCGCAACCGACGCUCGUCGGCCGAGGACUUCGGCUCGACCAGCGAGGAGGACGAGAUGGUGCUGCACCCGCUGGAGAGCGUGCUCAAGCAGAUCCGCGACAGGCCCGUGCAGCCGCGCCGGUGGGCGUACUGCUGCUCCGGCGUCAUGUUUGCCGGCACCAUCGGCCUGGUGGUGGGCUUCACUAUGGCCUACGGCCUCUUCCUGUCGCUGGAGGCGCCGUGCGCCCACUCCCGCGUCUGGCUGAUGGGCUCGCGCCACGUGCGCCAGCGACUGAUGAGCGACGUCCGGCCGGAGAACAUCGCCCAGACGCUCAGGGAGCUGACCCGGCGACCGCACCUGGCCGGCACGCCCGAGAACGACCGGCUGGCCGCGUACGUGGCCGACACAUGGCGUGACCAGGGCCUGGACAAGGUGGAGGUGUUGCCGUACGAAGUGCUGCUCUCAUACCCGGACGAGCAGAAGGCUAACCUGGUGCGCGUGCUGGACGGGUCGGGCAGUGCCGUGUUUACGGCCCGCCACCGGCAGCCACCAGUGCGCGCACCUGAGGAGAGCGACCCGACCGUGCCGCAGAACUUCAACGCCUACUCGGCCACCGGCAAGGUCGAGGCCAAGAUCGUCUAUGCCAAUUAUGGACGUGAAGAGGAUUUCCUUCUUCUGGCGUCCUUGAAUAUCACUGUCAAGGAUUUGAUCGUCAUCGCAAGAUACGGGAAAAUAUUCCGAGGAAAUAAGGUGGCGAUGUGCGAGCAGCUGGGCUGCGCCGGCCUCAUCUUGUACAGCGACCCGGCCGACUCAGCGCCGGACGGCCUGGGCACCGUCUACCCGGACACGGUGUACCUGCCGGCCGGCGGCGCCCAGCUGGGUACCAUCUUCUCCGGCAGCGGCGACCCGCUCACACCGCUGUACCCGUCCAUCGAGGGCGCGUUUCGGCUGAACGAGUCGGAAGCGACCCUGCCCCGGAUUCCCGUGCAGCCAAUCAGCGCCGAGGACGCCUACCAGCUGCUCCGGCUGAUGCCGCCGACAGCAGCGGCGCCGGCCGACUGGGUGGGCGGCCUGAACCUGACCUACGGCCUGGGCCCUGGCCCGGCGCGGCCCGACUGGACGGUCCAGCUUGACAUCCACACACACAACCGACGUGCCAACGCCACCAACGUCAUCGCCACGCUGCGCGGCUACGAGGAACCCGACCGGUACGUGUUGGUGGGCAACCAUCGCGACGCGUGGAUCUUCGGCGCCAUCGACCCAUCCUCCGGCACGGCCGCCAUGCUGGAGCUCAGCCGCGUGCUUGCCAACCUGCGCAAGGACACGGGCUGGCGGCCGCGCCGCUCCAUUGUCUUCUGCAGCUGGGGCGCCGAGGAGUACGGCCUGGUGGGCUCCGUUGAGUGGGUGCAGCACCGGCGCCAGCAGCUGGCCGCGCGCGCCAUCGCCUACCUCAACGUCGACCUCACGAUAAACGGCAACGAGACGCUGCGCGCGCUGGGCGUGCCGCUGCUGCACGACCUGCUGUUCGAGUCGGCGCGCGCCGUGGCCAACCCGAACCCGGCCGAGGUGGCGGCCGGCCGGCGCACCGUCUACGACACCUGGCUGCUGCACCGGCUCGACAACGAGACCGGCCUGCCGGCGGUGCCCCUGCCGGGCAAGGGCAGCGACUACAAACAGUUCCUGACUGUGGAGGGCAUCCCCAGCACGGACCACCGGUACUAUACUAAGGAGAAGCGCACCUACUCCAUGUACCACACGCUGUACGAGACGUACUUUCUGGUGACGGAGCUGGCUGACCGCGGUCUGCACUUCACCGCCGCCGUCGCCAAGAUGUGGGGCGAGAUGGCCCGACGGCUGGCUGACGACCCGGUGAUUCCGUUCAACGUGGUCAACUACGCCACCUACCUGCAGAAGUCGUUCGAGACGGUGCACACCACGUUCGGCGCGCUGCUGGAGGAGAAUGGCGCCUCGCUGCGAUACGUCAAAGCCGCAAUCGAUGACUUCGCCGAGGCGGCGUCCCACUUCCAUGACCACUUCCUGCGACUGCUGGAUCUAGACAAUCCGCUGGCAGUGCGGCAGGCCAACGACAUCCUGAUGGGCGUGGAGCGGUCGUUCGUGGACCCGCACGGCCUCCCCGACCGGCCCGAAUUCAAUCACGUGAUCUUCUCGCCGAGCUCGCUGGACGGCUACACGGGCGUGACGUUCCCGGGGCUGGUGGACCUGCUGCACGGAGUGGAGGAGCUGCCGGCCAAGGAGCGCGCCGCCCGCUGGCAGAAGAUCCGGCAGCACGUGUCCGUACUGAGCUAUCUGAUCGGGAGCGCCGCGCACGGGCUGGCGCAGGACGUGUAGCGCCGCCCGGCCACCGGCCACCGGCGGCGCCGGUGCCGGCGCCCCACAGCAACGCCGCCGUCGUCAGGCGGCGGGUGUCUCCGCGCAGGGAAGCGCUGUGUGGAGUGGCGUGUCGCGGCCGGGGAGCAGCCGUGCAUCUAUCGGUCGGGAGCGGUGGCCGGCUGGUGGGAGGCAAGUGCCAGUCUCUGAGUUGGCUCCCAGGCGUGUGUCGUGUCGGUGCUGAUGCGAGGGCUUUGGAGGGCCCGGCGCGUGGUUGUGGUAGGAAUGGGCGUGGCGUAACGACGCCUUCUCAUGCAAUACGCGGUACAACUGAGGUGAGUGCCUGUCAGUCCACGAUCCACUGUGAUAUCAAAGAGCGUGGCAGGUUGUGCAGCUGCGCGUGCGGGUCGCUGGGUAUGCGCCUUUCUAGGACGGGUGAUGUCGAGAAACCAUCGCUUGCAACCACAUAUCGAGGCGGUUGAGGAUCUGGAGCUGCUUUUACGAAGUGCAUGUGAAAGGGCUCCUGCAUUUUGUAAGGGCUUCUGAUGUAACAAUAACUGCGAGCGUGUCAUGUUGUGGUACCGUCGGACUUCCAGCAUACAUACGUAAGAACCGGACGUCUGGUUCUCGUCGCCAGGUGCCUUUUCACACAAUGCGCCAUGCGACGUCCAACGCUACUGAAUAACAGGAUGACUGGCUUACGGGUGUUGAAGAGCCCGCUAUUCAUAGAUGGCCAGGGGCAUUCUCGCAAGCGUUCAAGGCGUGCGUUGAUAUGAAGAUCUUUGCUGCAAAUGUGCGCUGUGUUGUGUACCUCGCGAUGUGCACGAUUGUAGCCUUGAUACAGUUUUAUGAACUCGCGAGUCUGCUUUUUCCCGCGCGACCGCGUUUUCGUACCUAAUGGAGGCGAUGCCUCGGCCGUUGUGUUGCUGGUCAGUGAAGCAAUUGUAACUAAUUGUAUGCGACUAAUAAAGGGUUUUCAUUUG